UCUGUCAAUCAUGCUGAACGCAGAAACCGUUUUCAGUGCGUAUUUCGUCGUUUAAAUAAAAUAUAACCCUGUGAGGACAGCAUUGAUUUGGCUCAUUGAAAACAGGAAUGUCGUUUUGACGUCGGAGUCAUGAGCUGUGUACUCAGGGCAUUUGGGCAUUAAGAGCCGGAUAAAACCAAAUCAAUUUAACCAAGUACGAAAACUCAUGUAAUAAUUUUGUAUAAUUUAUUCAGAGUUAACAAUACAUUUUAGUAAUUAUAUUAACGAAAGCUGUAAACACUGGAUGUAAACAAUUUUCGUAAACUUUAAAUCAUGAGGCAGUCAGUAGUAUAUCUAGCAGACAAAAACUGGAGGAGAAAAAAACAUGUUGUAGUGCGCUAUUAACGUAUCUGGUCCGGGACCAAGUAUAGGGGUAUAUAUGAUAUUUCCCUCUUCGUGAACAGGAUUCAAUGACACCAUAAGCAGAGAGAUGGCAGUUAAAUCAACACUUCUUUACAUAUUGGGCAUGUUGUGGACAGUAGGGCCGGAAGUUUUUGCACAGAGUUCCAAAUGUUCACCACCAGCGCCACCUGGUGGAAUCCGCGAAGGAGGAUGGGCGAUUGCUCUCAUGGUACUGGCUGCGCUUGGUAUUUUAAUCGUAGUCAUAUUUGAGAUCUACCUCAUGGUGAAUAUUGCUAGAUCUGGACAAUGGAAGUCAAUAUGGCUCGGACAGACCCUUCUCCUGGGUAUUUUUCUGUGUUAUUUACUGUGUUUCGCAUUUGUUCCUGUGCCUACAAGAUCUUCCUGCCAAUUGAUUCAGUCUAGCACAGGUGUUGUGUACGCAAUGUGCUUUUCGGUGCUAUUUGUUAAACUAUUGGUACUUCUAGGCUCGAAGGAAAAAGAGCUCAAAAUAUCACAUGACCAUGACGGACCUGAUGUCGAUGUGGGUAAUUUAAAGGAUUUUAAAUCUCACGAUGAGGCAACCCAGUAUAAACUUCCUGGACUAUUCCAAGUAGUCCUGUUUUUAUUUUCCUGGGGAAUACAGAUUGUGAUUGAUGUUGAAUGGGUCGUGCUCAGGCCAGGGCAUAGCAAGCAAAAUCGAUCUGGAGAUGGAAACUGGUACUGUGUUUUAAUGGAUGAUACGUCAGGGGAUGACCCAAAUUGCCCUGGCGUAAUGUCAGAUUCAUGGAAAACAUAUUUCAUAAACCAUAUCAUAUCAUUAGUUUAUAUCAUGCUCCUCAUUGUAAUUUGUGUCUUGCUAGCUUUGCGAUGUCGACGCAUUGCUGCAAAUUUCCACGAAGCAGUCUAUAUAGGACUUGCAUCCGGCUUGUGCAUACCUGUGUGGAUUGUAUGGAUCUUAAUUGGAGCACUCUCUCCGGGGCAUUCAUUCCAUGCCCCGGCAACUGGAUUUGGACUAUGGGUCACUGCAACGGUCCUGUUAUUUGCUAUGUUCUUACCUAAGGUAAAACAGUUGAACUCAAUGAGAAAAAACACCAAGAAAUCAAUUGGUAAAGAUCACGUCGACAAUGCAAUUGUGAAAAAUAACAACCACGUCAGCGCUGAUAAUGUUAGCAUUGUGUAUACUGUUCCCCAGAAGCAAAUAUAUGGGGAUAGCGUCAGUCUAGUGCUCGCUAAACCUGAAUACAGGACACGUAGUAGGCCACACUCUGUGGUUAAUGGCGCUGUGGUACGCUCACACGAUGCCAAUAAUGUUACUUAUGUCAACCAUGCAUUCAAUCCAGAUGACUUCAAACCACGAUCGGCAUCUGUGAUAUACGAAGAAUCUCCGGAGAAAGCCGAGUCAAUCAUUUAUGAACAACACGUCGAAAGCGAUCCAAAUGCACUUUAUGUGCGACAUCCGGGUAGUUUACGUGACCUGCGAUCAAUAGACAGGACACCACAGCCCACAUUGGUGCGUACGACUCGCCCCACGAGCGGGGCGUACUCCAACACGCGUUUGCACUACGUGCACUAUAACAAUAGACGCCCUCCAUCGAGGCCACAGUCUGAGGUUGCGUACCCCGUUAGUAGCAGACCCAAGCACGCCUACAUUCACAGGAACGGCUCUGCCUCCCGCACCUCUCUACAUGAUAUUUCACGUGUUUAAGAGUCCUGCUCUCUAUUUGGGGACUUUCUCACCUGGCUAAAAGUGGGGAGCCAAAACUCUGGUCUAAACCUGAUAGCAGGCUCUGGAGUCCGACAUCACCAUGGCUCGUCAACUAGUCUUCACAAGAUCCCCAGACAAGGCACCCAUCAGAUGAUCAUACAAGACAAAAGACAUACAUUACCUCCUCAUAGAAACAACACCCGUUACGUCAUGAACGAACCAAACAAAAUGCAACUGAUCGAGAACUCUAAUUAUCACAGUAUCGUUUAGUACAAAAAUCCAGAUAUUCUCAUAAAAGUUCAUGAACCUGGGUAUGGCCCAUGGUCAAUUCACAAUACUGAAUGCAGAUGUAGGUCAUCAUGUUGAAAUGUGUAUUCUUGUUGCAUCUGCAAAGCUACUACUCUCCAUACAUAAAAUCUCAAAUCCAGUGUUUCCUAAGUAAUUAUGGUGAUCGGAAUAAUGAGAUGGUCGCUCGGUUUCUUGCAUGAUAUUUAGACAUGGUGCUUAAAAAACAAAUUAGCUUUUUUAGGUCAAUAGGCCAAAAUGGGCAGGGCAAAUUUGAAUUGAGGAAAAUCCACAAAAAUGAUAUGAAUGUUUUUAUUCGGAUGUUAACAGUUAUGGCAGACUACGGUUCAAAAUAAGAUCUAAAUGAUAUGAUGCAUUUGUACGUUGAUAUUUCUCCAAUGUUUGUGAAAGUUUGGAAUUACAUUAAACGUGAUACAAGACAACGAAUGGAAUUCAAUUUCCCAUCUGGAAAAACUUUGGGCGAGAAAUGAGUCAUUGCAACUCGCCAAUCUUGGGAUGCCAUUAUCAUAUUAACGCAUUUACACAUAUAUUUAUUUACUAUCUACAUUAAAGUUAACAUCUUUAGUUUAACUGCCAAUGCAUAAUACUCUGAAAAAUGUAUACCUCCUAUCCAACCAUACAUGUAUGUGUAUUAUUAAAGCCCCCAUGAUAUCAUGUGCCACACAGUACGAUGGCUUUACAAGGGGGGCUAUCCUCUCUUGAAUAUUAAAUAUGAUGAAGGGAAGGAUUAUAAUAUGAAGUGUAUUCUCAUUUUCAACUUCCAAGGUGUUCUGAAGUUGGAGCAAUUGAAAUCUCAUGAAUCAAGAUGGUGUAAAAUACUAUAUUUUUGGAGCUGCUUUUUGAAGAUAUGUGCAUAAACGCCUCGUAUAAAUCCAGCUUAUACAUGUA